AGUUCCUCCUACGCAUGCGCAUAAGCGUAGAAGAGGUCGAAUUGAAGAAGUUUCAUUUUUUUCUUUAACAAAAAACAGCAAAAUGCCAUCGGACUAUGAUAAAGAUGCGUAUCCAGAGCCUCCCCGCCAGACUCCAAUCGUGGACAAGCAGACGACCCUUCCCAACCCAGCCCUGAUUUUGACUAAACUCUUCUAUUAUUCCGUGGACCUCCCUGUCACCACAUUCAGAGAACUUGUAGAGGGCAUCCACUCCGGCAACAAGUACAACUACUACCACCAGAAGUUCCGCCGUGUCCCCGAGCUGACCGAGUGCACAGAGGGAGACUACACCUGUUACUAUGAGGCUGAGAUGCAGUGGAGGAGAGAUCAUAAGGUGGACCAGGAGAUCGUGAAGGUGGUCCAGGAGCGUCUGAGGGCCUGCCAGCAGAGGGAGGGUACCAGCUACCACCAGAACUGUUCCAAGGAGCUGCAGCAGUUUGCAGACGUGGCCAAGGCCUACCAGUCACGCUAUGGGGAUCUGGGUGCCUACGCCAGCUCAAGGAAAUGUCUGAUGAAGCAGAAAGACAGGAUGAUGGCGGCCGAGGCAAAAGCUUAAACAAGAUAACCCCUAAUCACUCUGUUCCAAGUCUCUCUUCUAUGUAUGAAAUGUAGAGUAAAUAUGUUUAUUGGGAAAAAGAACUGUCCUCAUUGUAUUGUUUAACUGUAGUAACAGACAACUUUUUGAAUGAGCUGCAUUUACCCUUGACUCCAGCAGUUUUUAGCCUUCUCCAGAACUCAAACCAUUCUUGAAUAGGAACUGUUGUGGUCUAGUCCCGCAAGUACACUGCCACAAGUAGUACUGAAUCUCAAUGUAUUUGAUUGCGCGUCCCUGCUCCUCACUUGAUCAAAACGCAUUGGGGUCUGAGCGGAAAAGCAUUGAAUAUUCUCCUAAUUUCAAGGGGACACAGAAUACAAGAAAUCUGACUCAUU